AAACACUCCCUGCUUCCCCUCUUCAUCCUCAAAACCAUUCUUCCCCCUUCUCUUCUCCCUCUUUCCCAAUUUUCAUUUCCGCUUUUUAAGUUACCAACAUAUUAAGGUUUAAUUUGGUUUUCAUUUCUCUGUGAUGGGUGCUUCUGGGAAAUGGAUAAAAUCGCUAAUUACGCUCAAAAAGCCAAAUGCCGCUGAACAGGGCAAAGUGGGUUACAAGGCUCCCAAGAAUAAGUGGAGGCUAUGGAGGAGCUCGUCAGAAGGGUUUCUUUCCUCAUCAAAGGCCCUCAGGAGCCGUCAUGUGGCUGCAUCAGAAGCCUCCGAUUCUUCUUUUGUUGUCGAUGAUGCCUUCACUGCCGCCGUGGCAACCGUGGUCCGUGCUGCGCCCAAGGAUUUCAUGGCGGUCAAACAAGAAUGGGCUGCGAUCCGUAUCCAGACAGCCUUCCGUGGCUUGUUGGCAAGGCGUGCAUUGAGGGCCUUGAAAGCAGUGGUGAGGCUUCAGGCCAUAUUUCGUGGUCGACAAGUACGCAAGCAGGCUGCUGUGACACUUAGGUGCAUGCAGGCUCUUGUUCGAGUUCAGGCUCGAGUACGAGCACGAAAUAUUAGGAUGUCUUCUGAAGGCCAAGCUGUUCAAAAAUUAUUGAAUGAGUAUCAUAAAAGAGCUGAUCCCACCACGCAGGCUGAGCAAGGAUGGUGUGAUAGCCCAGGAACUGUGGACGAAGUUAAAGCGAAGUUGCAGAUGAAGCAAGAAGGAGCCAUCAAGAGGGAAAGGGCAAUGGCUUACUCUCUCUCUCAACAGACCUCAAGGUUUUGUGCCAGCCCAAAUUCAAGGACAAUCAAGCAAGUAUCAUCUCUCAAGCAGCAGAGGUUAGACAAGAACAGUCCAGGAUGGACCUGGCUUGAACGUUGGAUGGCAGCAAAGCCAUGGGAAGGCCGGUUGAUGGAAGAAAUUCAUUUGGAUCAAUCAGAUAUGACUUCAUUUCCCAGGAAAAGUGAAGAUCAUAGUUAUGGCCUUGGUUCAUCUUAUCCUGAUUAUGAUUCAAUGAAUAUAAGAAGGAACAAUAUCACAACCAGAAUUCUUGCGAACCCUCCAAUAGUUAGUCAAAUUGUGUGCUCGUCUUCUGGCCCAAGUUCUGAAUCUCUUCAAGACGAGAGCUUCACAUCAACUUCAUCUACAUCUCCAUCUACACCUGCAGUUUCCAGCAACAUCCACACUGUGGACAUGGGAGAAGAACAUUAUUACCAAAAACCAAGCUACAUGAAUCUGACAGUAUCCACGAAAGCUAAGAGAAAACCUUACAGGUACUCUUGUCUUAACUCGCAGAAGAAUAUGAUUGAGGAUGUUCAAUUUCAAACAAAAUCCAUGCCAUUAUCUAAUGGAGACACCAGGAGCACGGCUGGUUCGGAUCCCUUGUUUAGUUUGUGCAAGGACCUGUAUCCACCACUACCAGUGGCUAGACAUGACUGGAUAAGAAAUAGACGAGGCCGGGAAGCAUAAGAAUUAUUAAUAUCGUGUUCUAGAUACAAAUGGUACAGUCUUAAGUGAAGUUCAACUGCUUGUUGUGACUUUGGAACAAUCAAGAUAAAUAGAUUUGGAGGAUUUAAUCA